UUUCUUCCGUGCGUACAACCUAUUUAGUUAUAUUUCAGUAAACUUGAUUUUAACUUUCCACUUUUACCCUUCACCUAUUUAUUAAAACCCCAAAUCAAUUCACGUUGGCUUCCAGAGAUUUCUUUUCUUCCGUCAAUUAAACAUUCACCGCUCAGAAGUUCAUCUCCAUCUUCAUCGUUCGGUGCCCUGUCUCAACUCCAAAACCGCCGCUACCAAUCAUCGAUGCUUCUCCGUCGGUAACCCGCCGCCGCCGCACCAGAUUCUGAAAUCAAAAUAUACGUUUUAGAUCUGGAAAAUUAAGCUGAUACGCAAUCCAGAUUCCAGAAUUAGGGCAGCGGCGCACCAGGCCCUUCUUAUUCUCCCCUCCUCCUUGCGGAUGUACUUGAGUCUUACGCUAAUCUUCGGUCUUAGUUUUGGAAGAUCCGUACGUUUUGCUCCUACUUGUUGAAAUCUCCCAUGAGAUAUUAAAGUGAUAGCUAGCAGAGACACCAGGAAAUUCAAGCAAAAUGAAUGUCAGUCAGCAAGUAGUCAGGUACUUAUGGUGUGAAGAGUAAAAUGGGAGGACCCUUUGAUAAAUGAAGCAUCGCCUUGACACUAAUGUUAGGAUUUUGGAUCCAAUCAUGUAGCAGUUUCCCACGCUCACAUAUGUUGAUUUCUAUGAUCGAGGUGAUCUAUUCAGGGACCUUGGCGUCACUCCAGCCCACCAUAGCAAAUAGCGACCCAAACAUCACUCCAGUUCAACAUUUGUGUAGAAAUGGCCGCAAUGUUUGGUUUGGUUAGGGAUAUAUGUCUUCAGUCAACAACAUGGGGUUUAAGGUUACGGCUGGUGUGCAUGUACUAUUCGCGAAGUGAAGAAGGCGAAAUAAGGAGUCUUGAGUGUGUGUUUCACAGCAAAGAGGGAGAUCGUAUCCAUGGAACCAUUCGAAGCUUUCUAAUAGCACAAUAUAAGGAUGCAAUGAAAGAGGGAGAAGUUUAUGCCAUUGACAAUUUUGUUGUAGCAAUUGAUGGAAAGAAAUACAAGACAACUACAAACAAGUAUAAGAUAAUUUUUCUCCCAAAAUCUCAUAUUAGGGUACACGAUGAGCCGGGGUUCUUGAACGAAGUGUAUCAAUUCAAAUCUUUUUAAAGUGUGCUGACAACAAAUAUUCCAGAUGCAUGAAACUGAAAUAUUUGAGAGGUAUUGAAGAUGUGAUGGUGAAGUGAUUGUCACAUAAGACCACACAAGUUUUGCUGCAAGAUAAUGAAAUGAAGCAGAUACAGUGCACGUUUUGGGGCAACUAUAUCGAAGAAGUAAAUCCGCAUUUGGAUAACAAUGCGACUGAACUAAUGAUAUGUCUUUCGCAGUUCUGUCGUGUGAAUGUGUUUAAUGGUUUGUUCUGGAAUUACACGAAUAUAUUUACAUAAUUCGAAAAUAAAUAUUUGAGAAUAUUUGUUGUUGCAAAUGACAUUGGUAUUGGGUGGGUUGUGUAGUUGCACCACAUUUGACAACCUCAUUUCAUAUUACAAAGGUUAUCAUCAAUGAAACGGGUGAUGAGUUCAAACGUUUUAAGC